AGUAGAAAGAUUCAAUGAGGCUAUCAAGUGGACAGGUUUUACUGAAUACUUUAUGCCAGUUUGGGAUCAAGAAGAAAUCACCAUGCUUUGGACCCUUCAAUAUAAGAAUAAGAAAAAUUAUGAAGACAAAGAGCUCACACUUAAAUUACUUGAGACCCUUCUGGAAAAGUGGGGACCUGUACCAGAAAGCUGUGUAAACUCCAUUGAUAAGUCAGGCAUGCCUGCAGGUGUAUUAGUGGCAUACGAAAUUAGAACAAAGAGUAGCGCUCGAGAUUUAAUUAUGUGCAGUGACGAAUUUCCAAAGAUUGCUGGAUUUCGGGGAAACCUAUUCGAAGAUUUUGCCCAUCGGGAGUUGCAAAAUGGUGGUACAUUUAGGAUACGUCUUGACAACAAUGACCUGGCCUUGUAUCAAAUUACAGUCUCCAAAAAUCAUGGCAUAAAGAUUAAAGGACUUAAUGUUCUUAACAGCUUGCUCACGUGGAGAAAAGACGUGAAUAACAUUAAUUUAUAUUUUGUCGUGCCACCGGACGUCUUUGAAAAAUUCUCUCCGCAAAAAUACAAGACAGCUAAAGGCGAAGAUUGUCAGAAAAUUCCGGGAUGGAUUAAUAAAAUAACCCAAUAUGCACUAGAGAUCAACUUGGGAAUUAAUAAUAAAGGCGCGAAUAAACGAUCUAAUGAUGCGAUAUCGGGAGACGAUAAAAAUGAGGAUACAUCAAGGAAGGGAAUGGAUAAUAAAGAUGUGAAAAAACGGAAGACGAAAAAGAGUGAUGCAACGUUGGGAGACAACGAAAUUGGGGAAGCAUCAGGGAGCAACAUGGGUUCAGGACGGCGUAAUUUGAAGCGUUCUAGUGAUGCAACGUUGGGAGAGGAUGAAAGUGGGGAAACUUCAAAGAAAGGAAUUAAUAAAAAAGACGUGAAAAAACGAAUAACGAAAAAGCGUAGAUAA